CUUCCCAGACUGCAGCACAGUCAGACCCAGGAGCUCAGUCAUCCUACAUCCUCCACACGCCCAGAGACCUCUGCAGCCAAGACCCUGAUGGACAUUGGCACUCGCAGGAUCUUCAAUGAGGACCAUGACAUCUUCAGACAAAGUGUCCGGCGCUUCUUCCAAGAGGAGGUGGUGCCAUACCACACGGAGUGGGAGAAGGCAGGUCAGGUGAGCCGGGAGGUGUGGGAGAAGGCUGGGGAGCAAGGCCUGCUGGGAAUAAUGACACCAGAGGAGCACGGUGGCAUUGGAGGAGACCUGUUAUCCACCGUCAUCACGUGGGAGGAACUAAUGUACUGCAACUGCUCUGGACCCGGUUUCCUUGUCCACUCCGAUGUCAUUAUGCCCUACAUCAACAAUUAUGGCACCAAGGAACAGAUUGAACGCUUCAUCCCCAAGAUGAUUGCAGGAACAUGCAUCGGUGCUGUUGCCAUGACAGAGCCAGGAGCAGGCAGUGAUCUUCAAGGUGUGAGGACAAACGCCAAGAGGGAUGGCAGCGACUGGAUCCUCAACGGCAACAAGGUGUUCAUCUCGAAUGGAUGGAUGGCCGACCUGGUGGUGGUAGUGGCCGUGACCAACCGUGAGGCCAAGUCACCCGCACAUGGCAUCAGUCUGUUCCUGGUGGAGAACGGCAUGAAAGGCUUCCAGAAAGGACGCAAGUUGGAUAAGAUUGGUCUGAAGGCUCAGGACACGGCUGAACUGUUUUUUGAGGAUGUGCGGCUCCCAGCUGACGCCCUCCUAGGGGAAGUCAACAUGGGCUUCCACUAUCUGAUGAAUGAACUGCCUCAGGAACGUCUGGUGAUUGCUGACAUGGCAAUAGCGAGCUGUGAGUUCAUGUUUGAGGAAACCAGGAACUACGUGUUGCAGAGGAAAGCUUUUGGCAAGACGAUCGCUAACCUACAGACUGUGCAGCACAAGCUGGCAGAGCUGAAGACUGAAAUCUGUGUGGGUCGAUCCUUCUUGGAUAACUGUCUUCAGCUCCACGCUGAGAAACGCCUAGAUCCCGCCACAGCCUCAAUGGCCAAGUUCUGGGCAUCUGACCUCCAGGUCAAGGUGGCCUCUCAGUGCCUGCAGCUCCAUGGAGGCUGGGGCUACAUGUGGGAAUACCCCAUCGCCAAGGCAUUUGUGGAUGCCCGUAUUCAGCCCAUCUAUGGAGGCACCAAUGAGAUCAUGAAAGAGCUCAUCGCCCGCACCAUAGUCGGCCAGAAGUGAGAAAAUUUGGAAGUUUUCAUGGUGAAGGAGCACUGGGGA